AUGGCAGUGAGCUUGGGUCAAAGUGAACCGAGUCUUUAUAGCCUAGACGAUAAUGUAGAAACACUCGACAACAGGACACUGGAAUUAGCACUUAGUGCCCCAUCCAUGGGUAAAUUUGUGCAGUUUAUCAAUAUAUUUUGUGGCCAUUGUCGUCGCUUUGUGCCCACGUUCAAGAGGAUAGCCAUUCAAUUGCAUCAUUGGAGACGCCUGCUCAAGGUUUAUGUGUUCGAUUGCGCUCAGGAACAAAACGUUAAAGUCUGUCGAGACUAUCGCAUCAGAACGACACCUACGAUGCGUUUCUUUCACUCGAAUUUUAGGCGUUCUGAGCAUGAAAUUGGCAACACCACUAACUUACGGGACUACCAGGGUAUUAUUGAUUUUCUGGCCAAUCAAGUGGGCAACAAUACAUACGAAGCGGAGGGACAACCGACAUUUGAGUUGAUCACGUCAAAUGAUAAUCAACAAACCAUAUGGAUGAAGAAUGACUUAUUGCAAAGUAAUGUUAAGUACAUUGUACUUGUCUAUCAACCGAAAGGAUCAACCAUUGGCAGGGAUUUACUGCUGAGAACGAUUAGAUUUGAAGAUGCCGUUGUAAGGAUCACAGAUGAUCAACAAUUGUUUUUAAAUUUUAAUUUGGACUCCGGCCUUGGAAGUAUUUACCCCGAAGAAGACAUCCGUUUAUGGCUAAAAGAAGAUGGCGAAAUUGAUUCAAAGAAGGUGAAAUUGGUCAUUUUCACUCGUAGUGGCAAUUCAAUGAUCCUUAAGCCUAGAAAAGACACCUUGGAUGAGUAUGUUGAAGUUACUACUGACUUUUUCAUGGUGCAAGGUGCUUGGGUACAUUACUUAAGCACAACCCAGGCACCAAAUAUAAGUUUUACCAUGGACCAAGAGAAACAAAUGAUUCUCUCAUAUGUACUUAAAAAUAAACUUCAGAUCUAUCGUUCUGAUUUGGAGCAGGCAAUUCAUAAGCUCAUACACAUUGAAAUCCCCAAAGUAUCGGUUAUAGAAGGUGACAGUCUGAUAGCACUGAGAAGGCUUAUCGGUUGGCUGGCCCUCUCCAAGCCGUUAGGUGCACUUGGUGAACGAUUUUUCACUUUGUUGCAUCAAAAAUUAUCCCAACAGCAGCAAUUAACUGGAGCCCAAUUCCAGGACCAGGUUAAGGAAUUGGAUAAACAAAUACCAAAACUCUAUAAGGGAAAACGUUUUGUGGGCUGCGUUUCGUCGCGUCCAUUCCUGCGGGGUUUUACCUGUUCCCUGUGGACACUCUUCCAUUACCUAACCGUGCAGGCAGCUAAACCACCCCAUAAUACCCAACCAAUUGCCAAAUUGCCAUUGCUGCCCAUCAUCAUCAUCAUCAUCAACAUCAUCAGCGGCAGACGCAGCACCAGCAGUAGCAGUGGCAAUCUCAAUGUAACCAGUUGCAUGCGAAAUGCUUGCAACAGGUGUGCAAAAUAUCAUCAUGCCCAUGACCAUGCCCAGACCUAG